GUGCUUGGAGUGGAGGCAAUGCGACUUGAACAGCUUUCGAUUGAAGCGCCUGUGCUCCUAACUUUCUUGUGCCAUUUUCUUUACCCAUCUACAGAAUCGCAGUUCUUUGCAACUCGUUUUCUUGUUAUGUAUCAGGGGAAUAAAGGCAAAAAAAAAAAAAGAAAAAAAAAAGAAAGAAUUUAUUUCUUGUCCAUCUUUUCUAUGUUUCCUUGACAUACUCUUCCUUUUCGUUAUUUUGUUGGUCAGGUUUAGGCGAUGGCGGUGGAAAUGACAGUUGAUUCUCUCUCUGAUAAGGUGACCUCCCUGGACUUCUCCUAGUGUAUCAAUCAGUCCCAGUAUUCCAAAUCUUGGGGCUAGAGAAUCAUGGCUCAUCAGGAAGGGGGAUGGCCUUUGGGGUUGAGGCCACUGAAUGCGAGAGUAGGGUUGGUGAGAACUCGUGAUUUGUCUGGAUCAAUCUCCUUCAGUAGCACUUUACUCACCGGUUCUUCCACGUCCCCCGCCGUUUCUUCUUCAGAUCUUGAUACCGAGUCCACUGGAUCAUUCUUCAAUAUCACGCUUGGCAGCCUCGUUGGAGUCACUAGCAUUUUAGAGCUUUCACGAAGUCAAAGAUCGACAAGGGGAAGAGCUGAAGAAAACGUGAGAGACAGGAAGAACAACAAGACCAAGACUUGGUUGUUCUCACUUUGCUCAAAACAAAGCACUGAUGCAGUGAAUGCGAGAAAUACUUCAUCUCUUGGUAACUUUCUUGAAGCAGAAAGGAGAUCAUCGCCUGCAACUGCAAAUGUAUACAGACAAAGAAAUCAGAGUCCAACCAGCCUGACCAUCUCGGAUGCCAACUCGCUGUUUGUGGGUGGCGGCCAAGUUACUGCUCCCCAAUCAAGUGCUCCAAAUCUGGCUGAGAAUGGUGGAAGACAAUCCAACAACUUUUUACAUGGCAAUGGGUAUGGCCGUAUGGGAUUCCAUUACUAUUAUCGUAUCCGUGCAUGCCUAUAUACCCCAUAAAUUUGAGUUACGACCUUCUUUAAAUGGACAUUACUUUAUGCAAUAUCUUUCGUUUGGGGUCUGGGUUCCUUGUUAAUGGGUCGCAUUCAGACUGCUUGCAUCUUCUCCCCCAAGAAGUAGGGUCCAAUGUAUUAAAGGAAGAUUUUUUCCAUUCAUGUUCGAAUUACGCUAUGUACAGCGAACCUCGGGCUCAGCCAGGAGCGCCAUCAUAUUAAUUUGCUGUUUGUGGCAGUCAUUGGAACAGAUGAUAUAUAUACGAGUAAUAUAAUUUUUUAUUCUAUUUUAUAA